GUUAGAUGUAGGUACCUACCGGUUCUAAUCUACCGGUAUCUUUUAUACUUGAUAUACAGAUACAAUAUUAUUUAAGGUAGGUAGCUUUCCCCCACCCCCUCAAAGGGCUUAUCUCGGAGCGUUUGAUGUGACAUCAUGGGAUAUCCAAUGACCACCACUCUACCCAAACCACGAGCUUCUUGAAAACAGAUCUAGAGCUCUCUAAUACUUUCCUCCGCGUGGAUAACUCAACCAAACCAUUCCAAUGUCACAAGAAGACGUCAAGAUGUCAAAGGCUACCAGAGAUACCCUUCUCAAAGUCCGGAAGUUGGUGCCUCCAAUGCUAGCCAAAUUUCACAAAGGUAGCACCACUCCAGUCUGGUUGCUAUCACAUUGCUGAUGGACAAUACAAGGCCAGAUGGGACGAAUCGCAGUCAUAGGGGGUAGCGAGGAUUAUACAGGAGCACCUUACUUCUCAGCAAUAGCGUCCGCAAAGCUCGGCGCAGACAUGGUCUUUACCCCUCUGCCCCUCCAUUCCCCUAUAGCCUCAGCUAACCUCUCCUUCACUCUGCAGAGCCACGUCAUUUGCGAACCUCAAGCAGCACAAGUCAUCAAAACUUACUCUCCCAAUCUCAUGGUCCAUCCAUUAAUGCGCCAAUCCACCCAUGCCACCAGCGCCAACAACCACGAGAAGGCCGCAAAAUCGAUUAUAGACAUGCUUCCCCGUUUACACGUCCUAGUCAUUGGGCCUGGACUAGGAAGAGACAAAAUGAUGCAGGAUACAUGCGCAAUGGUGAUUGAGGCAGCGAGGAAAAAUAGUAUGCCAAUUGUGCUGGACGCAGAUGGAUUGAACCUCGCACAAACUCGACCGGAGUUAGUACAAGGAUAUAGGGAGUGUGUAUUGACGCCCAAUGUUGUAGAGUUCGGAAGACUGUGCAAGAGCAAAGGAAUAGAUCCUUCGAAAUUUGAGAAUGGAGUGGCUGCAGAGAAAUUGGCGAUCGCUUUUGGGGGGGUUACUAUUGUGCAAAAAGGAAAGGAGGAUUACAUUUCGAAUGGGGACAAGACUUAUGUAAGCGAUAUCGAGGGGGGCCUGAAGCGAAGUGGUGGUCAAGGCGAUACAUUCACAGGAUCACUGGGGACAUUUUUGUGUUGGAGGAAGGCAUAUCUAGACAAAUUAUGGGAUCAUGAGGGUGAUUUGGAUGCUGUCGAAACUUUGGCCUUGGCUGCUUUUGGAGGAAGUGCAAUCACGAGAGUGAGUUUGUUGAUUGUGACUUAGUUUUCGAAUACUGAUAUGACAUAGGAAUCCUCUCGACUUGCUUUUGCGAAAAAAGGAAGGAGUUUGCAGGCGAGCGAUUUGACGGAAGAAGUUCAUGUCGCUUUCUUGAAUCUUCUUGAUGAAGCUGCUCCCAAGCUGUAAAGCGUAUCCCCCCUUGCCAGAGUCAUUUGCAUUUUCAUGGGCUCAAUACCAAACA